AAAAAACAGCUCCCUCCCUGCCCCAUCCCCCACUGGUCACUUGUCUGGGUAUGAGCCCUUGAGCCCCAGUUGCAAGGUCAGGGUCCUGGGAAGCAGGAAUUAUAAUGAAGAAACAGAAAGCCAAGCCAUGAGUGUUAUAUAGGGUGGAGAGACUGGAUACUGGUUGGAUCGGAGGGGCUGACCGCUGGGUGAUAAGAGCUCGUCUCUUUCGUCAACCCCAUCAGGAGAUCAAAACCUGCUGUUAGGAAAUAGUAAGACCAGAGGGUGGAGGAAAAGGUUUCAGCCCCACCGAGGAAGGGGGGUAGAUGGUGCUGGGGAGGCCCUGAGUGCGCUCACGGCCGCCCUUCCUCUCCCGAGUUAUUUUUGGUCUCUGUGACUUGUAGAUUUCCUGUUAGUGAGGACAGAAGCGACAGGAACUGAGUCGCCACUGCAGACACGAACGCCAGCAGUCCCGCAGUCCGUUCCCCCGGUCUCUUCCUCGGCCCCUGAGCCCCUCGGGGAUCCAGGCAUCUGGGUUCCAGGGCACUCAGGCGCUAGGGCAGGUAUUUCCCUUUGAGUCUCAGCGCAGAACCCCUACGCUCACCACGACCUGACCUUUUGCCACUGGGCCCCUCCUUCAGCAAGCGGGUGUCUUCCUCUCCCGAACCGGCUUAGCCACCACCCACCCCCAGGAACUCCCUACGUGAGGGUCUCGGUGCGGGAAUCUGGACGGACUGGCCGGUUAGGUGGAGGGGCGCCGCAACAGCCUCCGGGUAGGUCCCUACGUCACGUGGGGCCCAUCGAGUCGGCCUCCCGCGGUCCCCUCCUGACGCAUGCGCCCCACUCACGGUCCCGGUCCAGACCCGAGCUCUCUAAGCCCCGCCCCGCCCCUCUGGCUCCACCCCCGGCUCAGGGGUCCCGCUUCCCCCCCCGCGAGCCGUGGACGGGGAUGCCGGCCAGGAUGGGCAGGUAGCGGACCCUGGCCGCGAGGAGACGGACAACGCACACGGACCCUGGCGCGCCGCAGGGCGGGGGCCCAAAGCCGGGGCCGCCUCCGGGCUCCCGGCUGAACGUCGGGGCCCCGCCCUGCCUCGGCCGGCCCCGGCCCCGACCCGCUGCGCGCGGCCCGCGGAGCCACGCCCCCGGGAACCGCCGGCUCGGAGGCCGCCCGCUCUCCCCACCCAGGUCGCCGGGCGGGGGGCAGGCGCAGGCGCCCCGCGCAGCGUCCCGGCCUCGUCGGUGCCUUCCCCUGCAGCAGCAGCCUGCCCUCCGCCGCGCGGCGGGGCGGCUCGGCGGGCAGAGGCGGAGGGUCCCGCGCCCCGCUCCCGCCCGGGCUGCGCGGAGCGGCGGCAGCCCCGUGCGCCGGCGAUGGCGCACCGGGCCGAGCCCCCCGACGGGGGCUGGGGGUGGAUGGUGGUGCUCUCCGCGUUCUUCCAGUCGGCGCUGGUGUUCGGGGUGCUCCGCUCCUUCGGCGUCUUCUUCGUGGAACUGGUGGCGGCGUUUGAAGAGCAGGCGGCGCGGGUCUCCUGGAUCGCCUCCAUAGGGAUCGCGGUGCAGCAGUUCGGGAGUCCCGUGGGCAGCGCCCUGAGCACGAAGUACGGGCCCAGGCCCGUGGUGAUGGCCGGGGGCUUCUUGGCUGCGUCGGGGAUGCUGCUCGCCUCCCUUGCUACCUCCUUGACCCACCUGUACCUCAGUAUUGGGCUGCUCUCAGGCUCUGGCUGGGCCUUGACCUUCACUCCGACCAUGGCUUGCCUGUCCCGUUACUUCUCUCGACGGCGAUCCCUGGCCACAGGGCUGGCACUGACCGGCGUGGGCCUCUCUUCCUUUGCCUUUGCCCCACUUUUCCAGUGGCUGGUCAGCCGCUAUGCCUGGCGGGGGGCCCUGCUGCUGGUGUCUGCCCUCUCCCUCCACCUGGUAGCCUGCGGCGCUCUCCUCCGCCCACUGUCCCUGAGGGAGGACCCUGUCACUGGCGGCCCUGGGGCCCAGCUCACCUCCCUCCUACAUCACGGCCCCUUCCUCCGUUACACUGCUGCCCUCACGCUGAUCAACACUGGCUACUUCAUUCCCUACGUGCACCUGAUGGCGCACCUCCAGGACCUGGAUUGGGACCCACUGUCUGCUGCCUUCCUACUCUCGGUCGCGGCCAUUUCUGACCUCGUGGGACGUGUGGCUUCUGGGUGGCUAGGAGAUGCCGUCCCAGGACCUGUGGCACGACUCCUGAUGCUCUGGACUACCCUGACUGGGGUGUCACUGGCCCUGUUCCCCGUGGCUCGCGCUCCCACGGUCCUGAUGGCUCUGGCCGUGGCCUAUGGCUUCACAUCAGGGGCCCUGACCCCGGUGGCCUUCUCCGUGUUGCCUGAACUGGUGGGGACUGGAAGGAUAUACUGUGGCCUGGGCCUAGUACAGAUGGUCGAGAGCAUCGGGGGGCUGCUGGGGGCUCCUCUGUCAGGCUACCUCCGGGAUGUGACAGGAAACUACACAGUUUCUUUUGUAGUGGCCGGGGCCUUCCUUCUUGCAGGGAGUGCCAUCCUCAUCACUCUGCCUCGCUUCUGCUCCUCGACCUCCACCUCCAAGCCCCGGGACCUUGUCACAGAGGCAGUGGAUACCAAAGUCUCUCUGACCAAGGAAGGGCUGGGAGAGGACUGAACUGCAAAAAGGGGCUGUCAGGCCCAGAGAGCUAGAGCUUGGCAGCUCCAGAUCUUCUCCUCCUGGCCCAUCCUGGUGCCCACAGAACCACAGUGCCUUAAGCAUCUUGAACUGCCUCCCCGCAGGGCAGGCCUGUGGUGGGGGGGCGGGUCCUGCGCUGCGUGUGCCAACCCCUAGUAUUUUGUCGAGGACUCUCAUCCCUUCUUUGCUCCUAUAACCUUUUCCUAAGGAUCCAGGAGCUCAGUCUGCUCCCCUGAGCUGUGAGUCAGCUGUGAAAACCAAAGGCCAAGAGACUUAAUGUGUUUUA